CCAAGACGGCCCAAGAGAGCUCCAACACGGCCCAUGAGAGCCCUCCGUAGCCAUUUUGGCUCAAGCCAUUUUGGCUCAAGCGCGAGCAGCGCACGGACACGACAGCGCAUGGUUCAGAGUCCUAUAUCAGCGGGUAUGCCAGGUGAACUGUCGGACACGCCGUUGCAGCCAGGCAUCGUUAAAUUCGAGUUCGCCAUGGGCGCGCACGGUCUCGUUUGGACCCAGGGAACUACCAUUGUGGAACGCGUGUCGUGCCAGGCCCGAUUCUUGGGCGUGCGGCCAGGCUGGAGCAUCAGCAUGGUCAACGGCAUGCCUAUCACUGACAGCGUCACGUGCUGGCAUGAGUUGCAGAAGUGCAAGAAAUCGGGCCUUAGUUACAGUGUUUAUUUUCUCAAAGACGAGGCCUCAAUCCGAGAAGAUCUGACGAAAGCGGAAGCCGAGCGCCAGAAGAGGGCGACGAAGGCCGCAGAGGAGAGGCUGGAGCAGCAGGCCAGGGCCACCGCGGCGGCGGAGCGACAGAGGCAGGCGAGGAAGCGCUUGGAGAUGCUGCGCAAGGACUUCGAGUCGGAGAUCGAAGAGGCGAGGGCGUUGGCAGAAGGGAAAAGAGCGGAGGCCAGAGAGCGCGCGCAGCAGUCAGACGAUUUCGCGCUGGAUGAGCUGAAGAGGCUGAUGGCGCAGGUCACGGCGAUCGAGACCCAGAAUGCGUGGAUUCUGGACGCUGUGGGCAAGAUCGCGGGCGCCGGGCUGACCGCCAAGUUCCGAGCCGCGCGGAUAUCGGCGGAGAUCCAAGAGACGCAGGUCACAUGGUUCAUGACUUUUGUUGAACAGCUAUACGCGCAGAAGCCCGGUACGAUCCUGGACGAGCUACUCGACAACCUGAAGGAGACUGGGCCUGCGGGCGACGCGACGCCGUUGCAGAUCCAGCUCCUCGCAGAGGUGUGCAAGCGGCUGCGCGACAAAUCCUCUGCGAGGCCACUGAAUGAGGACUUGCAGGACGAAUUGCUGGCCAUCGCCACUUGGGUUCUGCAUGCCAUGCAGGACGUCGACAUCGACGGGUUGUUGUGCUUUGAAGACGCCCCAGAACUGCCGGAGGGCCUGGAAGAGCCCGCCCUGCGCGACGAGUUCUACAGCGAGCACAGGCAGAAAGUAGGCGGAAAGCGAAAUCCACAAAUUUUCCAGGUGGCGAACUGGGCCUCCCGCGUCUGCUUCGACAGCGCUGGCGACCGGCGGGGCGCCCUGGGCGGCCUGAGAGCAUGGAUCCGGCGGGUGUGUUUCUCGGGGCUCUCGGCGAAGACGCUCGAGAAGCCCGCGGUUGUAGCGCGCGGCCUGCGCGGCCUGCCCAGCUCCUUAGUCGAUGGCUUCAGAGCCAAGGCCGCUGGCGACCGUUUCUUCUGGGCGGCGCCCUCCAGCACGACAGUCGACGCCUCGAUCUCCGAGGCGCGCUGCAACCAGCAGGCGCGCAAGAAAAACAACGUGCUCUUCACCAUAUCCGGCAUCACCCACGCCUCCCCGAUGAUGGAGCUGAGCGCGUAUCCCGGGGAGCGCGAGUGGCUUCCACCUCCGUUCACCGCGCUGGAUGUGGAGCGCGUGGUGGACGGAGCCCCGCUGCAGCUGCACUGCAAGUUCGGGGGCUGCAUGCCCACCUCUGCCUUCCGCGAGGAGGUGCGGGGCGACUUUAAGGCCGCCUCAAGGCGGCUGAGCAUGCGGCACGCGGAGUCGCAGCGGAACGCAGCGGAGAUGCGCGAAGACCUGGCCAAUUUGUUGGAGUGGGCGAAGUCGACUCGGGCGAAGACCCGAAUGCGAAUCGAGAGUAUAUUGCAAGAACCGCGUCCGGAGGAGUAUCUCCACAUCAUCAAGAAGUGGGGGGAGAAGGAGUGUCUCCUCACGGCGGAACUGGCCGAAGCUAAGGAGUGGGCGAAGCGGUUUCGGGAGAAGGAGCUGAAUUCGGCCAGACUGCGCUUCCAGCAAAUAGAGCGUCAACUGUAGAUACCGCCAGGGACGGGUAUGAGGGCAGAGUAUGAGUCGUCAACUGAGUCGUUAAAGCGUCAACUGGACAUACCUGAUAGUCUGAGGGAAGAGUAUGAGUCGUUAGAGAGGAAGAUCCAUCGCCUCGAGACGGUGACCGGGGACGAGGGGCGCGGCACUCGGUUCAACGCGUGAGGUCCCGCGCCAGCCAGACCCUUGGAACAAAAAAGGUAGCGUCGAGCACGCAAGGCGCCCCUUUGGAUGUCUGGGUGUACGCACCUGCGCGCCCGCUCGCUUCCGGCAGCUUGCCUGCCGUCUUGGAGACGCCCGCCCCCUCGCCACGCCCCCGUCUUCGCGCCGCCACGUGCUGGAUUUUGUCCUUUUUGCGCAGUGCACCACGAGGGCAUCGCUCGACCCAUCAUUUUAAGGGGCCUCGUUCGGUCCGUCUUUGCUAGCAUCCAUGGUUGCGCUUGCCCUGGGUCAGCCCCUGGCGAGCGUAGUGAACCAAAGUGGCCGUGCUGGGCCCACCCCCAGGAGCACCCUCUCCUAGAAUCGCUGAGUCCGCUUUUCUGGACGUCGCAGUGUCGCGGGCAAAAAGGCUUUGCGCAGCAACAGGGAAAAGGGUUCGCGAGGGAAAAGUUUUUAACCGGCCCAAAAUAACCGAGACGUCGAAACACAUUCCAUCCUUGAUCUUCGGUGAUCGAGGGCACGGGCACUUUGUGGCAGGUUUAGCAAUUUUUGUCGACGCCGACACCUGUUAUACAGUUGCGCGACGGCCAGGUAGGAGGCACGACAAGGAACGAUCAGGAGUUCUGGGCGCAGGCGGGUAGGCACUCGCUGGCACGGAAGCCGGCGUGCCUACCUUUGCGCCGCCUUGGGCGCGCCGCUUGGAAGGGAAAGGGGUGUGUGUGGGAGGGGGAAGAGGUUCGAUCCGAAAACGUCCAAACAUAUCCCCUCCUGGGUCCUCGACGGUCGAGGGCAUGCGCAACUCUGGGCAGGUUUAGUAUUUUUUGUCGUUGCCGACACCUGUUGCUCGACGGCCAGGUAGGAGGCGCGACAAGGAACGAUCAGGAGUUCUGGGCGCAGGCGGGUAGGCACUCGCUGGCACGGAACCCUGCGUGCCUUUGUCGGCGCUCGCCCGUUGCCAGAACAUGGUUUUGCGCCGCCGUGGGCUCGCCGCUUGGAGGGGGAAGGGGGUUGGGGAGGGGGAAAAGGUUCGAUCCGAAAACGUCCAAACAUAUCUCCUCCUGGGUCCUCGACGGUCGAGGGCACGCGCAACUCUGGGCAGGUUUAGCAUUUUUUGUCGUUGCCGACACCUGUUGCUCGAUGGCCAGGUAGGAGGCACGACAAGGAACGAUCAGGAGUUCUGGGCGCAGGCGGGUAGGCACUCGCUGGCACGGAAGCCGGCGUGCCUUCGUCGGCGCUCGCCCGUUGCCGGAACAUGCUGUUGUGCCGCCUUGGGCUCGCCGCUUGGAGGGGGAAGGGGGUUUGGGGAGGGGGA